AGGUUUUCAGUUGCUUUAGACAACCUUCUUCUUUUAAAUUUGCCUGGGCUCUCAAGCAGUCUUCUAGAAUCAAGUACUCCAGACCUCUUAGGCUGUCUCACAAAGUUGCUCUCAAACUGUGAGCACAAUGCAUGGUAUCCAGAUGGAGGAACGUCAGUGUGUUGCUCUUUUUUUAAUUACCUUCUUGGUGUGGCCUGCUCAAGGGGUGGCAAUGAAUGGGUAUCGUGAGAUGUCAAAAAGCAGAUCCAAUCCAGUAUUGAACAUGGCACACUCCUCCCUUGAUGAUCAGUAUGAUGGCUGCCUGAAGAACAUGAAGGAAAAUUUGACCUCUCUUCUUCGAAUUGAGCUGGGUGUAUCUAAGUCAUAUAAGGAAGCUUGGGAGAAUGCCUUACUCAACUGUCAGUACAACAGGACAUGGAUGUACCCUCGGAAUUUGGAAGAGCUCUCUGAGGUUGCCAUCUGCACAUAUACACAAAAUGACCCCCCAUUCUAUUCAGAGUUCAAUGCUGCCACACGUAAAGCAGGAAAAGGACCCAGGGAAUAUGCGGACUACCGUUUCAAGUCCUUGCAUUUUCUUUUAACCUACGCAACCAGGUUCUGGAGGAGGGAGGUCAGCUGCCAGCGAGUCUACAGGGGCACCAAAGUGAAUUUUUCCAUCGGCCAAUAUUUCCGUUUCGGGCAGUUCACCUCCACAUCUGAAAAGAAGAAAGUAGCCUCUUUUUUUGGUAAAGUAACCUUCUUCAAUUUGGUUUCCUGCAAGGGGAUUGAUAUAAAUGAAGUGUCCUCUUUUCGUAAUGAGGAAGAAGUAUUGAUCCCUCCGUAUGAGAUCUUCGAAGUCAAAUCUGUCAAUGAUACCGUAAAGGGCAAGACCGUACAUGCUGUGUCAGCAGGAAGUUGCAGCAACCACAACUGUCUUUUUAUGGGAGAAGGUUCAAAGAAGACCAAGGGCUGUGAUGACCACCAAGUGCUGCAUUUCUGAGGCUUCAUCUUCCCCGAAAAGACAAAAUAGAGCUGGAGAAGACGUAUGCAUUUGCAAAAAUCCCUGUGAAAAUUCUUUCUGUGUAUCUAUAUACGUGGAUGAGUCACAAACUAAGGUGGAAUACACUAGAAAUGUCCAUACCAGUUUUGAUGCCCCCGUUGUACUUUCUUCUCUUUAUUUGUUUCAGAGCAUUGAGCAAGUUAAAUUUUGUAUACAAUAUACAAAUUAAAAUGUUAAGAUAAUUAGACUUUUUUUAAAUCAGAAGUGGGCUGCUUCCAUAGCAUUCUCUCAGCCAUUUGCUAGAUCUUAUUUUGUUAUUACACUUAUCUGGCUGGGAGAGAGAAAUAUGUCGGUUGACCUAACUCUUCCCUGUGUACGAACAUCCAGAGCUUGGAAACCUCAUUUUUUGAACCACAAAUCCUAGAAUUACCCAGAAGAUUUGGGGAGUCGUAGUCCAAAAAUGUGACAUUUCUGAGCUCUGGUGACAUGAGGAAACAACAUUUCCCCAGAGGGUGAGAAAUAAAAGGGGUUCCUGCCAGCUACGUAGAAGAGGCUUAAGUUGAUGGGAUUGUGCUACAAAAUUGGUGGCAGAAGCAGCAGCUGUGAGUGGUUAGGCUUCAGUGAUUUCUAGGUACCUUUCUUCCCCACCAUUUCUACCUGCUUUUUUUUGAACAUCCUUAAAGUUAGCUGCGUGCAUAUGGUAGGCUGUUUAUGGUAACUUUUGGCACUGCUUACGUUUUGGGCUUUAGUAUCUAAAAAGAAAAAAUAAUAAUAAUCUUUGCUCAGUGUAUAAAAUCAUUUCUUUUCCUUUUGCAGUUAUCACUCUGGCUUUUGAUAUAAUCACACAAUUAAA